GGAUUUGUGUUUACGUCACGGCCGCGUCACCUAAAAUUUUGUCAAAAAUUAACCACUCGACAGCAACUUCGAAGCGAGAAGUCGUGGCAAUUUGUUCAUUUCCUGACUAAAAAAUCGAAGAAAAACAUGGAAAUCAUCACGGACCUGGUGGAAAAUCAGCUAAUGCUCGCCGUGCCUGUCGGCCUUGCGAUUUUAGCGUGUGUUUUAUUGUUUACUUAUUCGAUUCGUCCAGUGAAACAGCCAAAUUUCAAAUUAAGCAGCUUGGACGACAGGAAAACAGGUGGAAAAAAGAAAAAAUUGAAGGAAAAGAAAUCCUCAGCAAAUGGCCACAUUUCUUCUGGUGUAUCAAAAUCUGAGAAGUCUCCUGCAAAGGAGCCAAAGAAGUCUCCAGAAGCAGCCAAAAAAGAAAAGAAAGAAACCAAGGUAAAGGAAGUAAAAAAAGUUGAAGUUGUUAAGAAGCAACCCAGUGAAGAGCCAAAAAAGAAGACUGCUAAAAAGAAUGUUGUAGAAAAACCUGCCGAUUUUGAUGACGGUGACUGGGAAACUGUUCCAUUAAAAGCUGAUAAGAAGAAGAAGGUAGAAUCAGAACCUAAACCCAAAAAAGAGAAAAAACCCAAAAUUCAGCCUGAAGUAGAAGUUAAGGAUGAAUCUGAUGAAAAGGAAAGCAUUGUAGUAGAAGAGAUUGAGGCAGAACCAGAACAGGAACCUGAAAAGGAAGCUGUUGCCAUAAAACCUGUUGAAGAAAUAGCUCCAGUUGUAGAGGAAAAGAAAGACAAGAAGAAGAAGAAAGAUAAGAAAAAGGAGCCUAAAGAAGCCCCAAAAGUAGAGGAAGCUGUUAAGGUAGAGGCCCCUAAACCUGCUCCUGUAAAAGAGCAGCCUAAAGAAGAAGAAAAGGUGUCUGUGGCUGAGGCUGCUCCUGCAGGUGCUGCCUUUGAUGAAUUGGGUGACACUUGGUCAGAAGCCAAAACGGUAAAGAAAAGCAAAAAGAAGGCCCGCAGGGACAACUAAUAGCAACGCCCCUAAAGUCGACCAUAACAAACUUCAAGAGUUCAAAAAGUUCCCACGCUUGAGCUCUUGGCCAUCUUGAAGCAAGAUGACCGUUAAAUAUGUGAUUGGGAAAACUAACCUCAACUGUGCAGUUAAAGAGCAAGAUCUCAAUAUAUAACCGGCUUCGGAAUUUCGAGUUAAACUCUACGCCGAUUUUCAUAACUGCAAGUCUGAUUUUUUUAACCUGUUGUGAAAAAUGGGACGUGUGUCGUGUCGAUUUUUUUGUUCAUUCUUCGUUUCAUGUUCUAUAUUUUCAGUAAUUUGUUAAUUUUUCACCACAGUGUUGAAACGAAAAUGUUUAUAAUUUUCGAGCGAGAUGUGGUGUCCUUCGUACUGUAAGUUUCUAGUUUUUAAAAUUUAGAUUUUAGGAGUAAAUUGUUUUCAAGACCAGUAACGCGUAAGUGAUACGAUUUCUAAUAAAUUUAUUAGAUUGAUUGUUGGGAUUGGCAAAUUGUACUAGUGUCUAUCAUAUAUUUUGUAUCAUAGAAAAGAAGAUAAAGUCAGACACUUUUGAAAAAGGAAAUAGUUAUAUGGAAAUUUAUUAUAUGAUAUAUUUAUAAAAUGCUGCUAAAUUCUUGCCAAAAGCAAACCACACAAAAAUUAUGCAGUUUUAUAUAUUCAUAGGGCUCUAAUUUUUUAACGAUUUUAGAACUCCCAGAUUUGUUAUUUCAUUUAAAAGAAAAACAAUUAUAAAAAAUUGGAUUUUUUUUUAGCAACAAACAAAAUAACACAUUACAAUCAUUUUUAUUUAAACUAAAAACCCGGUUUUUGUUACCUUCAAAAAAUUGGUCAAAAAGUAUUUUGAUGAUCGAAAAUUAUUUUGUUAAUUUCAAUGGAUUUACCAAAUAUCAGGGGCGCUUAUAAUUGCGUUUUAUAAUUUGUUCUUUGCAUUAAUUUCUUUGUAGUUAUAACUAGACUCUGGAUUUAUGUGUGAUAUAAAAUUGCUAAAUACAUUUUUUAUGCUAUAAAAAACACUUCGACUUUUUAUACUCGAGACUUUUCUCUAAUGAUUUAACAAAACAGAUAAUGAUCAAAAAGAAAAAUAUUAUUCAUAACUAUUUGAAGUGUGUCAAUUGCUAAAAGAAAAAUAUUGUUGUUCCUAGCCAAUGUUUCGAAUUAAUUCAUAUUCAGGGCUCAAAAUCGUAGUUCUCUCUCGUCAAAUUAAAAAAGUGCAUCAUAGGGAUUAUUAGGAUGCAUCUCCCAGGGAUAAAAACGCUAAUCAGUUAAAGGGCGGUUCCGUAGAGGAGAUAUUAUAUUACAAUAUAAUAAAAUUUAUCAAGUGGAAAAAAACGGUGGACUAGAGAAUUUAGCGUAAUUUUUAUAUGGUAUAUCGUGGUUAUUCUUUAUUUCAAAUGAAUUGGUACUUAAUAGCACAAGACUAAUAAAUAUUUAUUGAAAGUUUUCACGCAGUUAACGUUCUCGUUGGUUUGGAAUUAUUAGGCUUUUUUCCUCUCAAAAAUAUAACAAUAAUUUUUUAUUUAUUGAUAUACAGUAUUACAAAAUAAAACACUUUUGCAAAUUUGCUCUAAUUUUGUUUACCAGGAACAGAUCUACAUUUUUUAGGAUUUUGAAACAGUGAUUUAAUAAUAAAUGAUCCAAUUUUUUAAUAAAGGCUAAAUCAUACAAACUGUUAUAUAACACUAAGUUUUCAAGUAUUUUAACCCUUAAUCGGGCAAGUUUUUAAUUUCAAUAAAAAAAAUAUUUUGGUAUAUUAUUUUCUUUAUUUGCAUUAUAGAGAGUACAAAAAAUACAAAAAAAAAAAAUUUUUUUCUUACAUACAAAGAAAAAUUACGUAUCCUAUGGGAUACAUUGACCGCUCAGGCAUCUUUAACAUGGUAUAUUAAAAAACAAUUGCGCGUAUUCUGUCCUUGCACAAAACAUAAUCUUACAUUACACUUUUGACAAAAAACCGUGGUUUGUCCAUUAGUACACAGCCUACAUCUUCCUUUUUGUGUAAAUGUGGGAAAAUGUCCAAUUUGGUCAUAUCUGAUAUCAUCAGUUGGUCUUGCCAUUACUGGAACCCUAAUCUUUUUUGCUGGCUGAUCGUUUUCAAAGUCAGAUUUUCGAAAUUUGGUCUUUUCCUCGGUUUUAAGCAACGAUAAAGCCAAACUUACUCUGAAUUCUUUCAAAUGGUCAUAUUUCCGUCCAAGGACUUCACUGUCUCGUCUGCGCAACAACCAUGCGUUAUUUACACAAAUAUCAAUAAGUUGUCCGAAUAUCCCCAAAUACCAACGCCGUAACUUAUAGGGUGUCUUAUAAAGAGCUAUUAGCAUGUCAGCUAAGUCUACACCACCCAUGUGGGUAUUGUAUUGCUUCAUAAUUUGUGGACAUACCACAUCAACUUUCUUUUUUCCCUCUUUGCUGUAUCGCUUUACUUGAAAAGUAGGAGUGUGUGAUACGUACGAGCUGGCUAGGGUAACGCAGUUUGUGUCAGCCCAUUUUACGACUGCAAUGCCUGCAUUAUUAUCGACUUUAUAAUCAAAAGUCCCCCUACCCUUCUUGAGUAAAGAUUUAUCUUGUUCUAAGGUACCACCUUGCAAUCGGUUACUUCGCACAGUACCUAAACUGUUUAUGCCAUAAUCCAAUUAUCAAAAUAUACAUAAGUCUCAGUGGGGUUUGGAACCGUUUUACAAAGCUGUACAACUACUUUUCCGCCUGAUCCAAGUUUAGCUUCGGUUCCAAAAAAAAUCAUGUCAAAAGUAGUAGAUCCAGUAUAUAUAAAAAAAUCGUACACUAUUCAAGAUAUCCCAGCUCUUACAAACAUCUUGAAGCCCCAUUUUUUAGGAUUUUUUGGCAUAUAUUGUCUUAGAUUUCCAGCUUUGGUCCCUUUAUAUGCUAUCAUCAUUUCGUCAAUCGAAUAAAGGUUCUCACCCUUGGUUUUUAUACAGUUAGUCCUAAUUCUUUCUAACAAAGGUCUUAUCUUGAAAAGACGAUCUCUAUGGGCAUCAGCAUUAUUGUCUUGAAAAGGAAUAAGUCGUCUCAAUUUUUUAAACCUUUAUACCGGCAUAGCAUCAGCAAUAAGGUUAUAUCGAAGAUUUAGAGACCAGUAGUCUUCAAAGGACGGCAUGCUUACAACUCCCAUAAGAAGUUCCACGCCUAAAAAGGCUUUUAUUUUACUAAGAGACGUGUUUAUUGACGUACCUGUUGUCAAUGUUGAGUAGAUAUUGGUUUGCUCUACAAUGUACCCAAUAACAGAAUCGUCCCAAAAUUUUUGAAAAUAUUGAAGGGGAGUAAGUAUAUCAUCUGGAGACUCGUGUUCAAUCUCAAUGGGCAAUUAAUAAUACUCAAAAUCUUCCUUUUCCCAUUUGAAAUUAUGCCUUUUUAUCUUUUUUUUUGUUUUUGUUUUUUAAAUUCUCCAUAAUAACGGAUAAUGGUAUAUCGUCAUCAGAACUAUCAAAAUCAUUAGAUUGAUCUAUUGGUACAUGUGGUGGAUGAAUUUCAGGAUUAUUCGAAUCCAAAACAUUUGUGUCCACCUCUUCAUCAUCUGAUGAGGACCCAACAUCGGAAAUGUAGCAGUCUUCGGGUGGUAAUAGCGUAAAAUAGUCCACUCCUCUAUUUCUAUGGCUAUUGAUACUGCUUAGAAACUGAAAUGUGCCUCUAAUGGACAAUGUAUCUUAUCAGAUACAAACAAAAAUAACCUCAAAUAUAGACAAAAAAACUUUAGAUAUUCCGCAACAAAUGUUCAAAGACACUUUUUGGAAGCCCUAACUUUACAUUGCAAAACACGCAAUAACAAACAUUUACAAAAAAGCUGCAUAGUUUUACAAAAAAACUUACCUCGUCAAUAUCUGUUUUGUCCGCCAUCGCUCAAAACACUAACAGGGUAAACGUUGCACUUCGAUCAUCCCCACUACCGAAUUGCCUUGCUACAUGCUUUUGCAUCUUUCAGUAUACACUGCCCGUUUUCGCGAUAUUAUUACGAAAUCUUGCUGAAAGCGUGUCAAUACUAAUGUAUCCUCGUAGAUACAUUAGCCGAUUAAGGGUUAAGUGUUAUAGGUGUUAAUUUAUACAGGGUGUUAGUCAAGUAGGCGACCAAACUUCCGAAGGGGAUUCUUUAAAGAAAUUUAAGUGUGGCCAAUAGCGUUUUUUUUUUUUUUCAAAAUACAAAGUGAUAUAUUUAAUUGUAAAAGUGUUAAUUGCGGUUUUGCUUCUUAUCUUUCUCAAAAAUUUUCCAGUUUCACACGCGCUGAAUUCAUAAAUUUCAUAAAUUUUUUUUUUUAUUUAUGUUUUUUCAUUGUAAAACUUUUAAAUCUGUAAAAAAUUUUUUGGAUCUUUGAUUUUGGGAAAAAAGGCAUCUUAAUACACUUUAAUAGACAACAAAUUAAUUAUUAGAAUACAUUUUUUAAUAAUUAAUGCGGCUUUUUGGCGAACAUUAAUUUCUAUGAUCCAUAUUAUUAAUAAAUAAUGAAAAUCCACCUGCUAAUUAAUUUCCAAUAACUGAAUUAACAUAAAAAAGAACAAUGCUUCAUUAAAAUUUUAGUUUUAUUGCGGUAUACAGUGAUUUUUCUUUACUCAAAAACAAAGCAAGGUAGGAAAAAAAAUUGAGAGAUCUUAAAAUUGUAUGUUUAGUAAAAAAAAAUCAUAGAUGCCACUAGGCUCAGUAAUUUUAAGUUUCUAAUUAUGCCUCUCACUCAAAGAAUCAGCCCUUGAUAUUCGGCCACGUACUUAUACACCCUGCAUAUGUGUAUCUAUAUUACAGUAUAUCUUGGAAGUAAAUAUAUUUAAAUGAGAUCUCUAGUUGUAACAUUCGUCAGUUCCAGCAAUAAUUAAAAAAAUUGAACUUAAUUUUGUUCUCGAGUAUCUAAUGGAAAAAUUCAUUUAAUAUAAAAAUACUGGGGAGUAAAUAUCCUUUAAAUAAUUAAUGCCGUUUGUCAAUCCUGCUAAAUUCCAAAACUGGUCUUAAAAAUAGUAGUAUAAAACACUUGAUGUUAAAAGCAAUUUUGUAAACAAGUGCUUAUUGUGAACGUAAUGAAACAAUCGAAAAUUUGAGUAUUAGUAUUAGGACCACUUUCUAAAUCACUAAAACUAUCAUGAUUUUGAAAAUGGCCGACAAAUAAACAUAUUUUUGUAUCAAUCAAAUAUAUUAUUGUAUUUUUAAGAUGUAAAUAUAUCUGGCAAUAAGUUAUUGUACAUUCCAUCGAAGAGGUACCAUACGUUGGAGUAAGGACGUUUUAUGAUUUAAAAAAAAUGUUUUUGUGUGCCAAAAUAAUUAAAAGCUGCUCUUUGUUUUCUUUGGGUACAAGAUGGUCUCUUAAUUAUUUCCGAUUUUCGAGUUGGCUUUAACUAAAUUUAAAAAAAAAAUGUGCAUACAUUGCCUUAAAACAUUCAUAAUAUAGGUGCGCAAAGAACGUCUUCCAUAAAUAUCUAGUUUUUUAGUAAAUUAAUUUUUGUAAAACGUAAACUCUUUUAAGCUUUAACUCAAUACUAAUACUCCUUGCUUUUUGACAAUGCAUUUUUUGUCAGUUCUAUUAAAACUCUUAUCGAUCUAGUUCGCUUUUUGUGUUAUGUGUAUAUUUUGUCUUUUGUUAAGCGUUUUGUUUCGUUCAUUUAAGAGUUUAUUUAAUAAAUUUUAUUGAUUUGUACGUAGUUUGUUCAGUUUUUAUCAAUUUUUUUCUCUCUAUUAUUUGUUUAUUUUGUUGGUUAUAAAAGGCCUACUACGCGAAGUGAGAGUGCAGGAUUCUUUGUUAUAGGUAUAGGGGCGUUUCUGAUGAAAGUAGCUAUUUUUUUAGACAGCUAUUUUAUAAGACAGAAAUUACUGGGAAUAAAAAGUACAGUUGCGUAUUUGGUUUUUUGAUUUUGUGAACCAAACAUUUCAAAAUUGUUAUUUUUCAGCACAAUAAUCAGAAAUUAUCUACCUAAAUAAGUAUUUUCUAAACCUAAUAAACGGAAUUUUAGGGCUAACAAAAUGAAACAUAAAUCUGUUUAUUUAUAUGUGGACGUUUCGACAUAAAUCUCAUAAAGUAAUCCUCAGGAGGUGCUACAAAGGUAAUACUAAAAAAGGAAAUUUUUAUUUGUAUUUGUUUAUAUGUACAUUUGUGACUUAUUUUUUAAUUUUUUGUAGAAGUUUUAAAAAUAAAAUUAUAUUCAAGGAAAAAUAAACAACUGACAAGAAAACGGAAAGCUUACUAGUGUUGUGUCCAAAAGCAAUUAAGCUUGAGUGUUAAUGAAAAAAAAAUUUUAGGUAUCACUUUCAAAUUUGAUAUAUAUUUUUAAAAAAUCUACAUAUAAGAAAAUAAGUAUCAAAAAUAUUUGUGAUAAAAUCAAACUGCAUUUUGAAGUGUCCUGAGGAUGACAGUAUAACUAAACACGUCGAUGCAUAAGUUAAACAGGUUUCCUUUUUGAAUUUGCUAGUUUUUUUUUCCAUGUUUAACAUACAGAAUUUUUUUCAACAAUAAAAAUUUUAAAAUGUUUACAGCGUCGAUUAAUUUUGUUGAAAGCUAAAUAUAUAAUUUUAGUUUGA